AUGAAAUUCCUCAAAGCCAAGGGUAGCUUGCUGUCGUCUGGCAUAUACCUCAUUGCAUUGGCCCCCUUUGUCAACGCAAAAUGCGCUCUUCCGUCGACAUAUAGUUGGACUUCGACCGAUGCUCUCGCCACCCCAAAGUCCGGAUGGACUGCACUCAAGGACUUCACCGAUGUCGUCUCUAACGGCAAACAUAUUGUCUAUGCGUCCACUACCGACACACAGGGAAAUUACGGCUCCAUGGGCUUUGGCGCCUUUUCGGACUGGUCGGACAUGGCAUCCGCUAGUCAAACGGCCACAAGCUUCAGCGCCGUAGCUCCAACCUUGUUCUACUUCCAGCCAAAGAGUAUCUGGGUUCUGGCCUACCAAUGGGGCUCCAGCACUUUCACCUACCGCACCUCUCAAGAUCCCACCAAUGUCAACGGCUGGUCAUCCGAGCAAGCUCUUUUCACGGGCAAAAUCAGCGGCUCAAGUACCGGUGCCAUUGAUCAGACUGUGAUUGGUGAUGAUACGAAUAUGUAUCUUUUCUUUGCCGGCGACAAUGGCAAGAUCUACCGAUCCAGCAUGUCUAUCAAUGACUUCCCCGGAAGCUUCGGCAGCCAGUACGAGGAGAUCCUCAGCGGCGCGACCAACGAUUUGUUCGAGGCGGUCCAAGUGUACACCGUCGACGGCGGCGAGGGUGACAGCAAGUACCUCAUGAUCGUCGAGGCGAUCGGUUCCACCGGACAUCGUUAUUUCCGCUCCUUCACGGCCAGCAGUCUCGGCGGAGAGUGGACAGCCCAGGCGGCAAGUGAAGAUCAACCCUUCGCGGGCAAAGCCAACAGUGGCGCCACCUGGACCGACGACAUCAGUCAUGGUGACUUGGUUCGCAACAACCCUGAUCAAACCAUGACGGUCGAUCCUUGCAACCUCCAGCUUCUCUACCAGGGCCAUGACCCCAACAGCAAUAGUGACUACAACCUCUUGCCCUGGAAGCCAGGAGUUCUUACCUUGAAGCAGUGA